UGAGUUUGGCAGUAGUUCCAAGGGCCAUAAUAAUUUGCAAGGCGAGUAUCUACUACAUGAUAGAGGCCAGUACAGUAGCCAUGUCACCAAUCUACAGCCAAAACGCAAGGCCGCGAAGGACCUGAAAAGGUUCCAAAGAUUUACCCGUCUUAGAGAGGAGGAAGCACGACUCGCGUCGCGCGCCACCUCAAUUGACGAUCUGUCCACCCAUCGCAUGCCACCACCAGCACAGACGACAUCCCUCAGGAUUGCGAAAUAUGCGCCCGAACUCGGUACCAACAUAUGCGCAACCCAUCACCGGGUUCAGAAGGGCUAAGUGAUGACACCGACAGGCCCGAAGCUGGCAGGUCUCGCCGGGCGCUGGGGAGGCCGCCUACCCGACGACCGCGCCAACGCCGGCAGUGGCGACCCGCCCGCCACGCAGCGCCGCUGGGUCGUCCUAUUAAAACUCAAAAACCGGCACGCUUCGCGAAUGCAUACACGAGGCAGCUUGCAAUGCCUGGCGGUCGCCCGUGCGGUGGGUGGCCCCUCAAGGGCCACAGUGGGGGGUGGGGUGUAUGCAUUCGUGCCUUUAGGACCAGCCUGGCGCGUCGUGGCGAUCGGUUGGACGAGAUGGUCGGACGGGCGAGGGGAGUGUAAGGGUCGCCGGCCCCUCGUGCGGCGGGCGAGGGAGAGCAUGGGUGCAUCCGCUCGGUGAGGUCGAUGGCGACCCCACUUACUAGGACGCGGUCACGCUCGCCACAACACGCGCCACGAACGCCGCGUGGCGAUCGCCGCCUCCGCGAUCCGCCACAAUGUGGGCGGACCGCGACGAAGGCAGCACGCCAACGGCUGAGAACAGAUGAGCGACGCGUCCUUGGCCACCGUCGACCUCGGGGGGAAGGUCGAGCGGCAGCGUCGUCGACGCCGCGCACCUGCGCUCCGAUCGCCCCGCCGAUCACCAACGCCGGUGGCCGCCCGAGAUCCCUCAAGGCUGCUUGUGGCAACAGAGUCACCGCACGCAGACUAUCACUGAGAUCCUGAGGGCUAGCGACGCCAGCAACCGGACUGACGCUACAGAUCUCACCGCCACCAACGAGGCCAUCGACCCGACGACCCCGACAGCGACGGCGACCUGCCCGCCACAAACACCGUGCUCGCCCUGCUCUCAGCCAGAGAUCGCGCGUAGCC